CCCCCUCCGCGCCGCGUGAGCCGGGCCCGGGGAGCCCGCCGGGCCCGCACCGCCGCCUGCCAGACAUGGACACAAACAACCAUUUCAACUUCCCGGGCCUUUCCUCCAUACCUACUGCCUCAGGACUGAAACCCACGCCUUCCUCAGGGGACAGCCUGUACACCAACGGGGCUGCACUCAGCUUCCCCCCGCAAGGGAAAAGUCUGAACGGGGGCAUGAAUGUCAAUGGCUUCUCUACUGUAUCUCACACCAGUACUUCAGGGACCUUCACCUCCAGCACGCAUUCCUCGGGCACGCCUCACCUCCGCUCCUACGACUGCCUCUGGGACUACGCGCAGUACCAGCCGGCCGGCGCGGGCGGCCUCAAGGACGGCAGCCCCAGCGCCGCUCCGUUCCCCAGUCUCGCGCAGUUCCCGCUCAACGGUGUGGCGGGGGGGUCCCGACCGGCCUCCCCAGGGCACAGCGCCAACCUGCGGGGCACCGGGCAGGAGCUCUGGGGCAACGGCACCCCUGGCUCCAUGGGGCUGAACUUCGACUCUCAGGAGCUGUAUGACUCCUUCCACGACCAGAACUUUGAGCUGAUGCCAAACGGGCCAGCCAGCUUCUACACGGCCUCGCAGCCAUCCCCCAUGCUGGGCUCUGGCGAGCCACCCUUCCCGCUGCCACCGGAGGAGCCAGGCGCCGGCGAGGAUGAUGCUGAGGCCGCCAAGGAGAUGUCCCCGGCCAUUGCAGAGAACGGGGGCGGGCUGGUGGGCAGCAUGGAGCUGGAGGACACGCAGCCAGACUUGAAGCUCUGCAGCUACAACGGGUCUGCCCCCGCCGUGGUGCCGCUGAGCCAGGAGGACUCGGUCCUGGCCCCCGCCGUGGGCAGCGGCUGCCUGGGGGACGCGUCGCCCAUCACCGCUCCGCUGGAGGACGCGCACAUCCUGAGCGAAGACCCCCUGGAGCCCUUCGAGUCCCUGGCCAGAGACCCAGGCACCGGGGACCUCUACACGAUGGACGACUCGCAGCUGGUGAGCGACAAGUCCCCCCUGGAGGAGCCCCCCGACGUGCCCAGCCUGCGGUGCUCUGCCAGCCCCCCUCUCCAUGCCACCGGCCCCUUCAGCCUGCUGGCGGCCGGCCGGCCAGCCCCCCCGCUGCUCGCCAGCCCCGACUCGCCGCCUGCCCUGCAUGACAGCAGCCUAGACCUGAACAGCAGCAGCCACGCGGGGCCGGAGGAGUCGGGGUCCCUGGAGCUUGACGACGCUCCACUGGAGCCAGAGUCCGCAUCCCCCUCCGAGGAGGAGGAGGAGGAGGAGGAGGCUGCUGAUAGCUGCACGGAGGCUUCAGCUGCGCCAGAAGGCGAGAGCGAGGAGGCUGUCCCGCUCAGCGUGUCGGCGGGAGGGGAUGCCCCCCGCAGGCGCAUCGCCACCCCGGAGGAGGUGCGCUUCCCGCUGCAGCACGGGUGGAGGAGGGAGGUGCGGAUCAAGAAGGGGAACCACCGCUGGCAGGGCGAGACCUGGUACUACGGGCCCUGCGGGAAGAGGAUGAAGCAGUUCCCGGAGGUGAUCAAGUACCUGAACAGGAACGUGGUGCAGGACGUCCGCCGCGAGCACUUCAGCUUCAGCCCCCGCAUGCCGGUUGGAGACUUCUACGAGGAGCGGGACACGCCGGAGGGCCUGCAGUGGGUGAAGCUGAGCCCCGAGGAGAUCCCGUCCCGCAUCCAGGCCAUCACGGGCAAGCGCGGGCGUCCCCGCAACGCGGAGAAGGCCAAGAUCAAGGAGACGCCUGCUGUGAAGCGCGGCCGGGGCCGGCCCCCCAAGGUCAAGAUGGUCGACCUGCUGAGCAAGACAGACGCUCGGCUGCUGAAGAGGCUGGAAGCCCAAGAGGUGCUCAGCGAUGAGGACAAGCUGAAAAUGAGCAAGAUCAAGAAGAAAAUGAGGCGGAAGGCCAAGAACAAGCAGAAGCAGGAAGCGAAAGCUCCCAAAGGGAAGGAAGCCAAGAAGAAAUCCAAGAUCCCGGGGCUUUGUUCUCAGGCCAAGGAGAAGAAGGGCAAACCAGAGAAGAGCAAGGAAAAAGUGCGGCCCAAGGAGAAGAAGGGCAAAGGGGCUCGCAAGGUGGACAAGGGCCUGUUGGCCCAGCGGCGCCUGGAGGAGCGGCGGCGGCAGCAGCUCAUCCUGGAGGAGAUGAAGAAGCCCACGGAGGACAUGUGCCUGGGGGACCACCAGCCGCUGCCAGCCUUCUCCCGCAUCCCGGGCCUCGUCUUGCCCAGCUGCGCUUUCUCCAACUGCCUGACUGUCGUGGAGUUCCUCCAGAGCUACGGCAAGGUCCUGGGCUUCGACCCAGCCAAGGACGUGCCCAGCCUGUGCACGCUGCAGGAGGGGCUGCUGGGGUUGGGUGACAGCGCAGGCGAGGUGCAGGACCUGCUGGUGCGGCUGCUGCAGGCUGCGCUCUACGACCCUGGGCUGCCCCCCUACUGCCAGUCCCUGAAGAUCCUGGGGGAGAAGGUGUCAGAGAUCAGCCUGAACCGUGACACCGUCUCCGAGGUGCUGCGCUGCUUCCUCACGGCAUACGGGGCGGAGGACAAGCUGUGCGAGGGGCUGCGCACAAAGCCCUUCCAGGCGCUGCCCCCCGACAAGAAGGCCGCCAUCCUGGCCUUCCUGGUGAACGAGCUCAACAGCAGCACCCUCAUCAUCAACGAGAUCGACAAGACCCUGGAGAGCAUGGCCAACUACAGGAAGAGCAAGUGGAUCAUCGAGGGCCGGCUGCGCAGGUUGAAGGUGGCCCUGGCCAAGAAGACGGGGCGCCCCGAGUCGGAGAUCACGGGCCUGGACGACGGGCGGCGCAGGCGCAGCUCCCGCCUGACAGAGGAACCCAGCCUGGAGCUGGAGGAGGAGGAGGAGAGCCGAGGACGCAAAUCCCGCCGGGACGAGGAGGCCGACACGUCCGCCUCCAGCAUCCCCGAGCUCGAGCGGCAGAUUGAGAAGCUGGCCAAGCGGCAGAUGUUCUUCCGCAAGAAGCUGCUCCACUCCUCGCAGACGCUGCGGGCAGCCUCACUGGGCCAGGACCGGUACCGGCGCCGGUACUGGGUGCUGCCCCACCUGGGCGGGAUCUUUGUGGAGGGUGCAGAAGCAGCCGAUCCAGCUCCCGAGGAGCACCCCGAGGAGAAGCCGUCCUCCCACAUGGUGCCGGUGAAGGAGGAGCCGUUGGACAUGGAGGUGCCCGUUACCGUGCCCGUGCCUGUGCCCAUGCCCAGCCGGGUGAACUGCGCGGCCUCGCGUGCCCGGGGCCGGCCGCGGAAGAGCAAGGAGGAGCCACAGAAGAGCAAGGAGGAGCCACCCCCACCCUGCAGGCCCAAAUCCCCACCCAUCAACGGGGUCCUGGAAGAGCCGAUGAGCCUGGGGCAGAGCCAGCACGACCUCAGCCAGUCCGCCUUCCUCUCCUGGCUGAGCCAAACGCAGUCAUCCUUACUCAAGGACUCGGUCCUCACCCCGGACAGCAGCCCCGGCAAGGGGGAAGGGGGGCUCCAGCCACUCGAGACCCCGGCAGACCCCACGGCGGAGGAGGAGAGCACCACAGAGGCCGUGGAAAAGCGGGGGCCCUGGUUCAACCUGCUGCCCCGGACACCCUGCGACGACCGACCCCCCCUCACUACCUCCUCAGCCGAGCCCUCCCCACGCGCCAGCUCGCAGCCCCGUGGCCAGCCCCGGGGCGAGCAGUCCAAGGCCUCGGCCAGGCAGCUGAACGGGCUCCCUGCUGAUGACCCCACGUCUCCCAUGCUUGCUUCCACCCCGGUCCACGCCGACGCCAAGGCCCACAGUGCCUGCCCCAGGAGCCGGAGCAGCCUGGAGAAGCUCCAGGACGUGCCAGGGCAGCCCAAGCGCCGAGGGCGGCCUCCGACCAAGUUCUUCAAGCAGAUCGAACAGAAGUACUUGACCCAGCUGACGGAGCAGCCCGUUCCCCCUGAGAUGCAGAGCGGCUGGUGGUGGCUGCAGGACCCCGAGGAGCUGGAGGCGGUGGCUCGCGCUCUGCACCCACGGGGCAUCCGGGAGAAGGCACUCCACAAGCACCUCACCAAGCACAAGGAGUACCUGAGGGAGGUCUGCCUGCGCGCCACCACGGACCCCAUCUUCCACCUGCGCCCCGAGGCGGCCGGCGCCGCCGUGUCUCAGGAAGCCCUGGCUCAGUGGUCGGUGAUGGAGAAGGCCUACGAGACCGACCUCUCCAUCCUGCAGUGGGUGGAGGAGCUGGAGCAGCGCGUGCUGAUGGCCGACCUGCAGAUCCGGGGCUGGACGUGCCCCAGCCCCGACUCCACGCGGGACGACCUGCGGUACUGCGAGCACAAGGUGGAGCCCCUGGAGGACAUCACAGUCCGGAGCCGGCGGGACGGGCUGCCGCUGUGCCGCGAGCGCACCAACCCCCUGGACCUGGCAGUCCUGCGGUUGGCGGCGCUGGAGCAGAACGUGGAGCGGCGCUACCUGAAGGAGCCGCUGUGGCCCCUGCACGAGGUGGUGGUGGAGAAAGCCGUGCUGAGCGGCCCCGAGGAGCUGAGCCUGGGCACCACCGAGAUCGCCUACGAGAUCACGCCCCGGGUCCGGACGUGGCGGCAGACGCUGGAGCGGUGCCGCAGCGCGGCCCAGGUCUCCCUCUGCAUCUACCAGCUGGAGAAAUCCAUCGCCUGGGAGAAGUCGGUCAACAAAGUGACCUGCCUGGUGUGCCGGCGCGGGGACGACGACGAGCACCUGCUGCUGUGUGACGGCUGCGACCGCGGCUGCCACCUCUACUGCCACCGGCCCAAGAUGACGGAGGUGCCCGAGGGCGACUGGUUCUGCUCCGUCUGCAUCUCCCAGGCGGAGGCAUACCGGGACCCCAACUCGCCCCGGCGAGGCAAGAAGCGGAAGCGGGGACGCCUCCUGGGAGGGGGCUUGGCGGAGGAGGAGGAGAGCCCCCGGCGCCGGGCGGCUUCGCGCCGCCGCGAGGGGCAGCCACUGCCCCGCCACGCUGCCGAGGGGCUGUCCCCGGCCAAGCGGCGCGGCGCCACGCUGCGGAGCCAACCCAGCGACCUGACCUUCUGCGAGAUCAUCCUGAUGGAGAUGGAGUCGCACGAGGACGCCUGGCCCUUCCUGGAGCCGGUCAACCCGCGCCUGGUGCCCGGCUACCGCAAGAUCAUCAAGAACCCCAUGGACUUCGCCACCAUGCGCACGCGGCUGCUGCGGGGCGGGUACUCGAGCUCGGAGGAGUUUGCAGCCGACGCCAUGCUGGUGUUCGACAACUGCCAGACCUUCAACGAGGACGACUCGGACGUGGGCAAGGCCGGGCACGUCAUGCGCAAGUUCUUCGAGAGCCGGUGGGAGGAAUUUUAUCAGGGAAAGCACGCGGCCCGGCCGUGAGCACCCCCCCGGCCCGGGGACCCCCCCGCCCCAGAGCUGCCUCCCGGGAGCCGAUCUCGCUGCCUGCUGAACCCCAGGGGGGCUGGGGGCCGGUGCCCAGGGCCCUGCCCCGGGGGAGGGGGGGGUUGGGGCCCGGCCACCUCCUGCAGCCUGGCCCCCCCCCACCACCAAAAUCCCUCCCUGCCCCCCCAGCACCACAAACUCACAGACUGUGUAAGCCAAAAAGAAAAAAAAAAGAGGUGUUUUUUUCUUUCUUUCUUUUAAAUUUUAUUUUCUGACUUAAAAACAGAAGCAGCCCUACCUACCCCCCCCAUAUCCUUCCCCCACUCCCCCACCCU